AUCAAAAAUACAAAGAAGGCAAUACGCAUAUCCAAGAACGUCGCUACGGCAGUUAUUCGCGUAGUAUUUGUUUGCCAUUAUAUGUUAAGUCCGAUGAGAUAGUUGCGAAAUUCGAUCAUGGAAUAUUGGAAGUGAAGAUUCCGAAAACGGAGAGUGUUACUCCAAAGAAAAUUACAAUUCAAUAG